AUGCAGCUCACGGUGCACGUCCAGACGCUGGGCCGAAAGGCCGGGCUUAUCACGGUCAGUGAGAAUGACCUGGUCGAGAAGUUCUAUCAGCAGCUCGAGUACACGUACGGCAUCCCUGCCAAGCAGCAGCGCGUUUUGUAUGAAGGUCGCGACGGCCUGGUGGACGAUCUCAAGCCGGGCCGCCGGCUGAAGGACUACGCCCUGGCCAAGCCCGCGCGGGUGAUCCUGGGCAAGCAGCUGCCGCCCAAGCCCAAGGGCCCGGCGCCCGACUUCUCCCACUGGCGCAAGGCCAAGACCCGGCGCGCCCGGGGCCCCAUGGGCAUCGAGGCAUCGAGGAAAAUCGGCCGCACCAGCCGCGUCAUCGGUAAGGAGGUUGCCGCCCUGUCCUUCCUUUCCACCGCCCCAGGACACCGGAAGGGCUGA